AUGAUUCCUGCGGAAAUCACCGGAUAUUUCCAAUAUAUAUCGCCGGAAAGCUUAACAACAAUCCCGGCCGAAUUCAACAUAAAAAACAUGCCUUCAUCUCCAACCUCUUCCUCUUCCUUAAACUACCUAAAUGAUCUCAUCAACAACAACUACUCUUCAUCAUCCAACGGUCAAGAUUUCAUGAUGAGCAACAACUCAACUUCCGACGAAGAUCACCAUCAUCAAAGCAUCAUCAUACUCGACGAGAGGAAACAGAGGAGGAUGCUUUCGAACAGAGAAUCCGCAAGGAGGUCGAGGAUGAGGAAACAGAGACAUCUAGAUGAGCUAUGGUCCCAAGUGAUAAGGCUUCGUAAUGAGAACAACUGUCUUAUUGAUAAGCUAAACCGCGUAUCGGAGACUCAAGUUAGUGUAUUGAAGGAGAACUCUAAACUCAAAGAAGAAGCUUCUAAUCUUCGACAGCUUGUAUGUGAACUGAAAUCUAGCAAGAACAACAGUUUUCGAAGAGAUCAGUUUGAAGAUAUUUAG